AUGGCUUCAAUCCCAAAUCCACAAGGUUUUUGUCAUUUCAAUUCCGAACGCCUCGUCUAUCGUGCAGUCGAGGACUGCGACUCAGAUAAGGAAUUCCUCCAAAAUGGAAUCUUGAAUGAUCCUACCAUUCAAACAAUGAGCACUAGUCGCAUCAAACGACCGAAAUCCCUGAAAACCGCAGAGGAUUUCGUAAAAAUGAUACAAGACUCCCUACUGGGAGUGAUAAUCUGUCUACCCCCUCCACCUGAGACAUCAACUCCGGUGACAAACGGUCCAACACCCAAACCAAAGCCAAAGCCUGUACCUAUCGGGCACAUGAGUGUCUUUUACACACUUCCACCGGGCUCUGAACAAAACCGCUGUGCCAUGCUGGGGUUAUCACUUGCAGAAGGAUUCCGUGGUAAAGGAUACGGUGGAGAAGCCAUCAAUUGGGCGCUGGACUGGGCGUUCCAGCAUGCUGGAUUGCAUAGGGUUAGUAUCUGUGCGUUCUCUUACAAUGUUAAUGCAUUGAAGCUUUACCGGAAACUUGGAUUUGUGGACGAGGGCCGGGAGCGCGAAGCGGUAUAUCACCAGCGCAGUUGGCAUGAUUUGGUUAUUUUAGGGAUGCUGGAGGAUGAGUGGGAGGUGUUGAGAGGGAUCAAAUGA